UGAAGUCGGAGAAUAUGUUAGAGAGGGAUGAAAUGAUGAUAAAGGAAGACAUGAUGAGCAUGUUUGCCAGUGUGUGGGUGAAGGUGGAAGUGGAGGAGGCGAGAGAAGAGUUGCAGAUAGAUGAAGGUCCUCAGAGACCGAAACGUAAGCAUCGAUCAAAGAAACACCUAAAGAACCUCAUCUGCGACCAAUGCGACUACCGGACAGCGUACAAAAACUGCCUAGAACUGCACAUACUCAGCCACAAGCAGGGCAAAGGCUUCGCCUGCCAUGUCUGCGAUUACAAGUCCAAAUACCCAACCGCACUACAGCGGCACAUCGCCAUCCGACACUAUGAGAUGAACGGAGACACCCCCAUGGACAACGGUAAGCCUCUACCUUUACACCAGUGCCCUGACUGCGACUAUAAAACUUUUUACAAGUGGAAUUUAAACAGUCACAAGCGGAAACAUAAGCUUGUCAAACAGUUUAAAUGCCCGUCCCAAGACUGCAACUUUGAAACCGCUUACAGACAUAAUUACAUCAAGCAUAGCAAGGUUCACAAGGAAUCUGUAGCUUUCAAAUGUGACAAAUGUCCUUUUACCACAAGAUUUGAAGGGCAUAUCACUAGACAUUUAGCGAAAAUUCAUAACGAGGUCACAGAAAAGGCUAAUAAGUGUGAUCUGUGCGAUUUCUCUACUAAAACUAGAUGGAGAUUGAAAAUACAUGUGAAUAGAAUGAAAAAGGAACAGGCGUUAAAGUGCAGUUUUUGCGAAUUCGAGACUUUAUACACAUGCGCGUAUAAAAAGCACAAAGUAGACCAUUACAAUGAAAUUUAUAUUAAUCCUAAACGCACGAAAAAUACUUUAAGCGCAGAGCAGCAACUUAUUAAAGAGUUACAAGAUAAGGAGACACCAGAAACUGACUUGAAGUUCCAUAAUUAUACGGAUAAAAAUAUGCAAUAUAUACAAAGUGAGCCUGAGAAUCAUAAUAAAUAUAACUUAGAUCCGAAUUGCGUGGAUUGGAAUAACAUUCAAGUUUUAGAAACUGAUGAUAAAGAAAGGCCUUUCCAGUGUCAUAUGUGUGCGUAUACUUCGAAAUUUAAAGCUUCAGUGCAAAGACAUUUCCAAAGACACCAUACUGGAAGCCACAACAGACCGUACAAAUGUGUCAACUGCGAUUUUUCAACUAAAACUAAGGACCAAAUCGCUUUACACAAUAAGAGAAGCGUGUCCGACAUCAGACUCUUCUGUAACAUUUGCAAAUUUCAAACUUCAUACAAAUGUCAGUUCGUUAUGCAUCAAAAGUGCCAUUACGCUUACAAAUGCACCGCUUGCAACUACUCUUGUAAACACAAGUAUGAAUUGCAAAGGCAUUAUGGCAUAAUGCAUCUCGGGAAUGGUAUCAAAUGCAGAUUCUGCGAGUAUAAAGCAUCUAGAAAGGAUAGCGUACUAUGUCACGAAACGAUUCACACCGGGAUGAAACCAUUUAAAUGUGAGUACUGCGACUAUACCUCUAUAAGAAAAUCUUUGUUAGACAACCAUGUCAAGCGUUACCAUAGCGAUAUAAAGAAGGAUAUAACUAUAGUGAGCGAGAGUAAAAUAGAGAGUUUGAAGAUACCGCUAGUUCUACAGGAGCCCAUGGAUUUCUGUAAGGAAAAUCAGGACCAUAAUGAACCAAAAGAGUGAAGGUUUUUU